AUGGAAAAACAAACAAAGCAAGAAAUAGAAAAAAGUAUUGAAGAAAGUGGAUAUGAAGAAUUAAUUCAACUUAUUGAAGGGUAUUCAAGAAAAACAGAGAAAAUAAUCAAAAUAAUGAAAGAAUACAUGAUUACGGAGAAAAGAUAUAAAAGACCAGAAGAAGGAGAUGGAUUUAAAGCGUGGGAAACACAUUAUGACCAAAUGGAUGAAAUGUUUAUGAAGAAGCAAAACAUUUAUUCAGAAAUCAAUAAAAUUGAAAAAGAAGGAGAAAGAAUGAUGGAAAGAAUGAGAGAAAUAGGAGAAGAAGAAGAAAAGAAGAUGAGAGAGUUAACAUCAUAUAUGAACCAAGUUAUCAAUAAUAUGAUAGGAAAACGAGAAGAGGAAUAUGAAAGAAACAUGGAAGGUAAAAGUGAGAAAGAACAAGAAGUGAUGCUGAAGAAACUAGAGAAAGAAAUUGAAGAAAUGGAAAGAUUAAAGACAGUUGAACCUGUUAAAUUUGUCGGAGAAAAGAAAAAGAAAGGAACAAAAAAAAUAAGAUAUGAAAUUCCAAAACCAAAAAAUAUGAAAAAAUAA